AUGGCCGACCCGUUUGCGCCGCGCACCAUGAAGCGCAGGAAUGUCAAGGGACUCGCCCUGACUCCUGCAGCACCGAAGCCGCCUCCAACCGCCGAGAACGCACCGAUCCACAGAGACUCUGAUCAGCAUGCACAGCUUGAGAUUGGUAUUGAGUUCAACCUGGAUCUUCGCCCCGAGGACUUGGAGGUUAUCAAGGAUCUCGGUUCAGGCAAUGGAGGCACGGUCAGCAAAGUCAGGCAUAUUCCCACAAACACGGUCAUGGCGCGCAAGGGGGCAAUCGCUCACAUCAAGCAUCAGGUCAUACACGUUGAGGCCAAGCGCGAGAUGCGGAAGCGCAUUGUGCGAGAACUACAGAUCAUGCACAGUUGCAAUUCUGAGUACAUCGUCACAUUCUAUGGAGCUUUCCUCAACGAGAACAACGACGUCAUCAUGUGCAUGGAGUACGCGGAUGUUGGGUCACUAGACCGCGUAUCGAGGGUGUUUGGACCCAUAAGAGUUGAUGUGCUGGGGAAGAUCGCCGAGGCCACCCUCGGAGGCUUGACCUACCUUUACGCAAAACACCACAUCAUGCAUCGUGACAUUAAGCCGUCGAACAUACUGGUCAACUCCAGGGGAUCGAUCAAGCUGUGCGACUUUGGUGUUUCGGGAGAACUCAUUAACUCGAUAGCUGAUACGUUCGUCGGCACUUCAACUUACAUGGCCCCUGAGCGAAUUCAGGGCGAAAAGUACACGGUCAAGUCAGAUGUUUGGAGUUUUGGUCUCAGCAUUAUGGAGCUUGCCAUUGGCAAGUUUCCCUUUGCAGCAAGCGAACAGCUUUCAGAUGCCGAAUCGGCGCCUGCCGGUAUCCUUGAUCUUUUGCAGCAGAUUGUACACGAGCCGGCGCCGAAAUUGCCGAAGAGUGAUGCCUUCCCACAAAUCCUCGAGGAUAUGAUUCAGAAGUGUCUUUACAAGAAUCCGGACGACAGACCAACGCCGGAGGAGCUCUUUGAGCGCGAUCCCUUUGUGCAAGCAGCGAAGCGGACGCCUGUCGACCUACGCGAAUGGGCGUUUGGUUUGAUGGAGCGGGAUAACCGCAAGUCGCACCUUGCACCGCAGCUCUCGCCGGCGACGGCAGACCUACUACGGUCAAGUGAUUCGCCUACGGCGACGUACCAUGGCGACGACCGCCCGUUAGAAACUCCUACCUCAGGUGAGAUCCCCAUACUGGGAGCUAUAGUGUCACCUCGUGACCAGUAUGGCAGCAUAUCGAGUCGAUCCCCGACGAGGGCCGGCGGAGGGAUCGGCGGGCUUGGCAGACCAGGUGGAUCGGCUGUACAUCCGGGACUAGGGCCGAGAAUGGCUACGACCAGCUCGAUUCCAAUGUCUUCGGGUGCUAGCUACCACGGGGUCUCGUCCUCGUCCGCCGAUUAUGCCUCCGCAAUACCCGCCCCACCCUCGAGCGCGAGCAAGGCGACCUUUUCGCUACCCAUGCGACCGGCCCCCGCCGGCACGAUGCCUCCGCCCCCUCCGCGGAAAGAGACACCCGACGAGUCUAAGAAAGAAAGCAGGCGGCAGGCUUUGUUUGGCCCGCCGUCAUCAACUGGGAGUUAUGGUUUCUAG